AUCAUUUUCUGUCCGACUGACAUGACAACAAACUUGAUGCGUGCAUUUUGUGAAUUUCGUGAUUGAAUUGAAAAGUUUAAUUCACAUUAUUUCAAUCGUAAUUCAUUCGUGAUUUUGGUUAAGAUUACAAUAAUUAUUAUAGUGACUUUGUAAAUUCAAAAUGACAUCAUUAGCAUUUAAAGUGAAGAGCAAAAAUGGGCAACAAAUCCUCAAAGAUUUGACCUCUGAAAGUACUGUGGGUGAAUUGAAGGUGUUUUUGUCUAGUUUAACAGGAGUUAAUGUUGAAAGAAUUUGUGUACUGUGCGGCUAUCCACCUAAACCGCUGGAUAUAAGCAAUGACAGCAAUACUAUAACAGCAAUAGGGCUUAAAACUGGUGAAACUUUAAUAGUAGAAGAAAAGACAGUUUUGAAUACUGAAACUACUCAAAAGCCUGACCCACCGAAGGAAAAAUCUAAGCCUGAGGACAAUGGAGUAGCUCCUCAUCAAAACAUUGAACCUAUGAGGCCAGGAAUUCUGAUGAAGAAAGUUGUUCCAUCAGAUAAUUCAUGUCUAUUUACAAGUAUAGGUUUUGUUUUGAACGGAAAAGUAGACACAACAGUCCACUCAUUGAUGAGGCAAAUUAUAGCGAUGGAGGUGGCCGGUGAUCAUGACACUUACAGCGAGGCCAUGCUGGGGAAGCCCAACGCUGAAUACUGCAGUUGGAUACAGCAGCCCAGCUCGUGGGGUGGAGCUAUAGAGGUGGCAAUACUUUCUCAUUUUUAUGGUGUUGAGAUGGAUGUUGUGGACACUCUGAAUGCAAUAAUCAACAGAUUUGGAGAAGAUAAGAACUACGGGCAGAGAGUGUUCCUCUUGUUUGACGGAGUUCACUAUGAUCCUUUGUACUUGGAGCAAUCUGAUGGAGGAAUACAAACCAUUUUCCCAGCUGAAGACAUGGACGUGUACCGGGAAGCGGAGCAGCUGGCCCAAGAAGCCAAGUCGUCUCGGCAGUUCACUGACCUCAAUAAGUUUAAGCUCAAAUGCAUGGUGUGUGAUAAACUCCUCACAGGCCAGGUGGAGGCUCAGAGACAUGCUAAAGAGACCAAGCACGCGAGCUUUGGAGAAGUCUAGCACCUACUGUGCUACAGCAUUGACAAGGGAUUGCCUGAGAUUCAGACAGACAUAAUUUUAUGAUUUGAGUUAACUUACAGAGAUUGAGUAAUUUUCGGAAUCUCAAUCCGUAUCUGGCUUCAAUUGUUGAAUUUGGUCGGAUUGGAUAGCUUAUGAAUUUCCGGCAUAGGUAGAUAGAAUCAAAAAAAUAUUUCGACUAGUACUGUUCAUAACAGUUGUGUUUAACUUUAACUCAAUCUUAAUUAACAAAAGAAAUCGCCUUUACCGUUUCCGUCAGUCUGUUAAACUGAUCCCUGUCAACUGUUGGGUAGGUUGGGUUAGGUCAAUUUAUAAAAUAAUAUAAAACACUAACUGUAUAGUAUGUUUGAUUUGAAGCAGUUGUAUGUUUCCAGACAUUGUUUUAAUUAAUUUUAGUCCAUACUCACACAAUGUCAGAAACCACAAAUUUUAUGUGUAUUUCGUCGGGUGUAAAUUUUAUCCAUAUUUUGCUUAGCUAUACCAAAGUAAGACAUUUAUAGCUAAAUAUAAAGUACCACAUACUUUGUGGAAAUGCAGUUGUCCAGAUACCGUACAGAUGAGAAUGAUACACCGCAGUUUGUCCUAAUUGUUUAGUGAAAUAUAAGCUCAUUUAACUCUUUUUUGUUUUUCCUCAGAUUUGUAUAAACUAAGAUUUCUAAAACAAAAAUUAAUAUUUCUAAAUUGUAUAUGGCAUGGAAAGUUUUACGUAAAAUUAAACUAUAAUUUAGGCCGGCCACAGACGAACGUUCAGAACGUCAUUAUUGUAUUGAUCCUACUAGAGUCAUGCUUCAUAUAAAAUUGUCGUUUUCCCUUUUUGCCCACCGUACACUUCUUGAGAUCACCUGGGUGAAGAUUCGAAAGUUUUUUUAACUACUUACCGUACACAUUUGUCCACCUAUAUAUUCCGCGGAUUUUUUAAAGUACUUACUGCCGAUGCCGUACACCUGGAUAUAGGACGCCAUUCCUCGAUGACGUUAAUUUGAAGAGUUCGUCAGUGGCCGCCCUUAUAAUAAGGAGUAGGAUCUAAGUAUGAUUUCCUUAAUUUCGUUGAGGGAAAUUAGCCAACCGUGAUUUGAGCAAUAUUGUACAUAGUUUUGUACUCGUAAUAUUAAUUAUGAUAGUACUUUACCAGCAUCAUGAAGGACUUGUAACACAGCUUGAAUAAAUGUUUUACCUUCAAAA